AUGGGUCCACCGAAGCGCAGAGUUCUGGCUACAGCAGAGGAAGGGCUCUACCCCCCAACAACACUAUCUGACGAACAGCAAAUCGCUCGCAUUGUGAAGGCCGCGGGGAAUAACCUAUACUCCGUUGAAUUCCCAUCGAAACAAGUGGUAUUGGUAGAGCUACCGGCAAGGUUCAGAUCGACCAUUUGGAUGAAGAGAGGGUCUUACGUUGUCGUUGACACAAAGGCGCUGGACGAUCGGAAUAAUAAAAUCCAGGGAGAGAUUGUGAAUGUGGUUCGGGAUGAAAAGGCCUGGCGGAAGGCGGCCUUUUGGCCUAGGGAAUUCGUCAAGCAAUCUUACGUCGCUUCAGACUCGGAAGAUGAAGAGUCUAGAGUAGGCCGGAUGCCGUCAUCGGAGGAAGAGGAUGAAUAA